GUCGCACUUGGCUCCGCUGAUGCGCUUAAAAGAACCGGUUGCUAACGUUGCAAAUGGCCUGGAUAUAGCAAGCUGAUCGGUCGCUGGAGCUGGUGACGAAGGUAAUGGCGUCCGUGGCGGCGGGUGACCAGGCGCCGCUGUGGUUUAUGGUGCUUGUGGCCGUCGGCCUACACGCGGCUGUCAUGUGGGCGGGUACGUUCCUCGCGUGGCUCCGGCGCGCCUUCUUCCGGCCGGGAAAAGACCUGGGCCGGAGGUACGGCGAGUGGGCGAUGGUCACGGGCGCCACCGACGGCAUCGGCCGUGGGAUGGCGCUGGAGCUGGCGCGCAGGGGGCUCCACGUCGUCCUGGUGGGGCGGAACCCCGGGAAGCUGUCCGCCGUCUCCAAGGAGGUCCGCGCCGCCGCGCCGGCAUGCAAGGUGAGGACGGUGGUGUUCGACCUCGCCGCCGGGGACGACGCAGAGAUGUCCCGCGGCGUGGCGAGGGUGGAGGCGGCCGUGGAGGGGCUCGACGUCGGGCUGCUCGUGAACAACGCCGGCGCGACGUACCCCUGCGCGGCGUACUUCCACGAGGUGCCCGACGCGGUCUGGGAGGCGGUGCUGCGGGUGAACGUGGACGCGGCGACGAGGAUAUCGCGCGCCGUCGUGCCGGCCAUGGCGGCGAAGGGGAGGGGUGCCGUCGUCAACGUGGGCUCCGGCUCGUCGGUCGUGUUGCCGGCGUUCCCGCUCUACGCCGUCUACGCUGCAACCAAAGCGUAUGUUGACCAGUUGUCUCGAAGUCUACAUGUUGAAUACAAACGUCGUGGAGUGGAUGUGCAGUGCCAGAUACCACUGUAUGUAGCCACAAAGAUGUCCCCGGUGAAGGGCUACUCGCCGUUCAUACCGUCGCCGGAGGAGUACGCCGAGGCUGCAGUCCGGUGCGUCGGCUACGAGCCAAGAUGCGUGCCCUAUUGGCGCCACUCGGUCCAGUGGUUCCUCCUGUCUAUGCUGCCAGACUCCGCUCUCAAUCUGUGGCGUCUCCGGGUUGGGAUCAGCAAGAGAAACGAGAGGAAGAAGGCUCUGCUUGGGGUUGGGGAGAGCGAGCGAUGAGCUCAGUUAAACAGAUGUACUAUCCAAAGCUCCAAACAAGCACUUGUAGGUUUGUUCGUUCGUGAGGUUUGUGGGAAAUUGUACUGUUUUAGAAAGUAUUUAGAUUGCUCGGUAUAUUUGUGUAUGUUCCGGACAGACCUAUGUUACAAAUAUUUUUAGUGAAUAUAUGGAAUCUAUAUAUCUAUAUACCUAUACUAUUGAAU